GGCGGCUGCAGAACUGCGGCCGCGGCGGCGGUGGCGGCGCCUGUUCGCCAUGGACUCGGAGAAACAGGACUCGGAGCGCAAGGGCUCCUUCCGCACCUUCCUGGAGCACCUGUCCGGGGCCGGCAAGGCCAUCGGCGUGCUGACCAGCGGCGGGGAUGCCCAGGGCAUGAACGCGGCCGUCCGGGCGGUGGUACGCAUGGGGAUCUACGUGGGGGCCAAGGUGUACUUCAUCUAUGAGGGCUACCAGGGCAUGGUGGACGGCGGCAGGAACAUCGUGGAGGCCGACUGGGAGAGCGUGUCGAGCAUCCUGCAGAUGGGUGGCACUGUCAUCGGCAGCGCCCGCUGCAAGGACUUCCGCUCGCGGGAGGGCCGCCUGCGCGCCGCCCUCAACCUCACCCGCCUGGGCAUCACCAACCUGUGCGUCAUUGGCGGCGAUGGCAGCCUCACCGGGGCCAACCUAUUCCGCAAGGAGUGGAGCGGGCUGCUGGAGGAGCUGGCCCGGGAUGGCAAGCUCCAGGAGGAGGAGGUGCAACGCUCUGGCUACCUGAACGUGGUGGGCAUGGUGGGCUCCAUCGACAACGACUUCUGUGGCACUGACAUGACUAUCGGCACUGACUCGGCGCUGCACCGCAUCAUCGAGGUGGUGGACGCCAUCAUGACCACCGCCCAGAGCCACCAGAGGACCUUCGUCCUUGAGGUCAUGGGCAGACACUGCGGGUACCUGGCUCUGGUGAGCGCGCUGGCCUGUGGGGCCGACUGGGUGUUCCUGCCGGAGUCGCCCCCCGAGGAGGGCUGGCAAGAGAACAUGUGCGUCAAGCUCUCAGAGAACCGCGCCCGAAAGAAAAGGCUGAACAUCAUCAUUGUGGCAGAAGGAGCCAUCGACUCCCAGAACAGGCCCAUCACCUCCGAGCAGAUCAAGGAACUCGUGGUGACACAGCUGGGCUAUGACACUCGGGUGACCAUCCUGGGACACGUGCAGAGAGGCGGGACGCCUUCUGCCUUCGACAGAAUCCUGGCCAGCCGCAUGGGGGUGGAGGCCGUGGUGGCCCUCCUGCAGGCCACCCCCGAGACCCCAGCCUGUGUGGUGUCCCUGAAUGGGAACCAGGCCGUGCGUCUGCCCCUGGUGGAGUGUGUGCAGAUGACUCAGGACGUGCAGAAGGCUAUGGACGAGCAGAGGUUCUCGGAUGCCGUGCGGCUGCGGGGAAGGAGCUUUGAGAACAACCUGAGGAUCUACAAGCGACUCGCCAUCAAGCUCCCUGACUCGCAGAUCACCAAGACCAACUGCAAUGUGGGCGUCAUCAACGUGGGUGCACCCGCCGCGGGCAUGAACGCCGCGGUCCGUGCCGCCGUGCGUGUGGGCAUCGCCGACGGACACCGUGUCUUUGCCAUCUACGACGGCUUCGAGGGCCUGGCCAAGGGGCAGAUAAAAGAGAUUGGAUGGGGGGACGUCGGCGGCUGGACCGGCCAAGGGGGCUCCAUCCUGGGCACCAAACGGAUUCUGCCCUCCAAAAUCAUGCAGGAUAUCGCGGCCCAGAUGCGCACGUACAGCCUCAACGCACUGCUCAUUAUCGGGGGCUUUGAGGCCUACCUGGGACUGCUGGAGCUCUCGGCUGCCCGGGAGCGUCACCCCGAGUUCUGUGUCCCCAUGGUCAUGGUCCCGGCCACCGUCUCCAACAACGUGCCCGGCUCCGACUUCAGCAUCGGGGCGGACACGGCCCUGAACACCAUCACCGAUGCCUACCAGGCCGCCAUCCAGAUUGGCGAGGGGCGUGGCCGCCACCCCGAGCUGUGCGUGCCCGUGUGCGUGGUGCCCGCCACCCUGAGCAACAACGUCCCGGGCUCCGAACUGAGCCUGGGCAGUGACACCAGCCUCAACGUGGUCUCUGAGACCUGCGACCGCAUCAAGCAGUCGGCCAGCGGGACCAAACGUCGCGUGUUCAUCAUCGAGACCAUGGGCGGCUACUGCGGCUAUCUGGCCAACAUGGGCGGGCUGGCGGCCGGGGCGGACGCCGCCUACAUCUUCGAGGAGCCUUUCGACAUCCGGGACCUGCAGACCAACGUAGCUCACCUGACAGAGAAGAUGAAGACCACCAUCCAGCGGGGGCUGGUGCUCAGGAAUGAGAGCUGCAGUGAGAACUACACCACUGACUUCAUUUACCAGCUCUACUCUGAGGAGGGCAAAGGCGUGUUUGACUGCAGGAAGAAUGUCUUGGGCCACAUGCAGCAGGGAGGGGCGCCUUCUCCUUUUGACAGAAACUUCGGAACCAAAAUGUCAGCCAGAGCCAUGCAGUGGAUCACGGAGAAGCUGAAGGGCUCCCAGGGCAAAGGAAACAAAUUUAUAACAGAUGAUUCCAUCUGUGUGCUGGGAAUCAGCAAAAGGAACAUCGUCUUCCAACCUGUGGCAGAGCUGAAGAGAGAGACGGACUUUGAGCACAGGAUCCCCAAAGAGCAGUGGUGGCUGAAGCUGCGCCCCCUCAUGAAGAUCCUGGCCAAGUACAAGGCCAGCUACGAGGUGUCGGAGCCCGGGCAGAUGGAACACCUGCUCCAGCGCAGCAACGUGGAGACGGCUGCCAUCUGAGGCUGCACCAAUCUAUCUCCCUCCCUACCCUGCCCAGUUGUUUUUUGUAACAUUUUAAGUUAUUUCUCAGCACUUUAUGUGAGUAUUGUUGAAUUCAUGUCUAAUCACAGCCCUGCCUCCUUGAGCCCCGGUCCUCAGACUCCCCUCCGGCUCUGAACGUGCUGCUCAGUGGAAUUAAAACUUUGGCUGAAACUUCGA